AUCCCCUAUAAUAUUGAAUUCUCGGUUUACAAAUGUGUUUCAUUUUACGAGCGAGAUUUAUACAAAGCUUGUGGGUUCGGUAUGCAAAAGCCUAAAAUCUGGGUGACAACAUGGUUACAUUAUUGAUUAACUAGCGGUAAUCCAGAAAUGGUGGCUUUUCAAAUACUUUCCUGGUUCCCAGCUGUUAUUACAAGCUUGGUUGUUGUUUAUUUUAUUGAUAUUCUAUUGAAAAGAGGAGUUGUUGGAUUAUUUAAAUCAUUUGCCAAUGCUAUCCUACUGCUGCCUGGCACCAAUGCAAUUGUAAAAGCAUUUACUAAGAAAGAGAUUGAGGGAUUUAUUCAGAAGUCUUUCACAGGUGAUGCAAAACCACAUGGGAAACUUCUUAGUAUUCCAGAAAAAGGCGUUCCCAUAGAUCAGUUGCAAAAAGAGCUGAAUGAAUUGAAAGCAGGUGAUGGUAAUUUAUCCGAGAAUGGAAGGUUAUUUGCAUACGUUUAUACAACGCAUGGACCAAGAUUCCAACUCCAGCAAGAAGCAUUCAAAAUGUUCAGUGAUUUUUCAUUGGCUAAAGCGAACAAUGAUCAUGUCUCCAUCGUUAAAGCCUACCUGGAGACCUUCAUGCAUGACAAUGCGCUCAACCCACUCGUAUUUCCUGCUCUGAGAAAAUUUGAGAACGAAGUGGUCUCAAUGACAGCGAGCAUGUUGAACGGUGACUCGGGAGUCGUAGGAAGCGUUACAUCUGGAGGAACAGAGAGCAUCCUCAUGGCGAUGAAGACUUAUCGGGAUAUGGCUCGUGCAGUUCGGCCGAGCAUAACUGAACCAAACGUGGUUGCCCCAUCCACUAUACACCCAGCAUUUGAAAAAGCUGCUCACUAUUUUAACAUAAAAAUUAAACAUGUUCCUGUGAGUCAGACCUCGUUUACCCCCAACAUACACCAAUAUGAAAAGGAAAUUGAUUCAAACACUAUUCUUCUUCUUGCUUCUGCCCCCUCCUACCCACAAGCAAUUUUAGACCCAGUUGGAGAAAUAGGAAAGUUGGCAACCAAGCACAACCUUCCUUUGCAUGUAGAUGCUUGCUUUGGUGGUUUCAUGUUACCAUGGGUAGAGAAACUUGGAGCAAAAAUUCCAAUAUGGGAUUUUCGAGUCCCAGCUGUCACUUCAAUCUCAGCCGACUUACAUAAGUAUGGCUUCGCAACUAAAGGUGCCAGUGUGGUAUGCUAUAGAGACAGCAGCAUACGCAAGCAUCAGUUCUUUGCUUAUUCUUCCUGGUCCGGUGGUUUAUUUGCUUCUCCCACAAUGGCGGGAACUCGACCAGGUGGCCACUUGGCUGCAGCCUGGGUUGCUCUGCGAGCAAUGGGGCAAGACGGAUAUAUUGACAUGGCUCGAAAACUGAUGGAGACAACUGAAAAAAUGAAGGAAGGUGUUAGAAGUAUUGAGGGAUUAAAAGUACUCGGCUCACCUCUGAUGACAGCAUUUGGUUUUUCAACCAGCGAUGAAUCUCUCAGUAUUUUUGGAAUAGUUGAUGUUAUGGAAGAAAAAGUGCCAACACCGCGAAAUUUGCGCGUGUCUGCUUACAACUUGGACCACGAGUUGCAAUGGGAUGCACCUUUAAGCAAUACCUCUAAAAAUCGAACUAUUGGUGUAACAUAUUCGGUUCGGCAGGCAGUAUUUGAUGAAGAGACUUUAAAAACACGCUGGCAAUACAUCCCUCAUUGCGUGCAUGUGAAUGUGACACAUUGUUAUAUAACAAACAUCACAUAUUCACCGUUUGAAACAUACGAAUUCAACGUGAUUGCUGAAAUCGGCAACCGAACCAGCUCCUUGGACCAAACGAUUACGUUUUUGCCGUUUUUUGAUGGCCUACUAUACGCCCCUGACUUUAUCGUUGAUGUACACGACAACACAGCAAUACUUUAUAUCCCAAGACCGCCACAUAUUCAUUCAACAGGCGAGGUUUUAACCAACUUUUUAUACGAUGACGUUCUCACCUAUAAUGUACAGUAUUGGACAACGGGUUCACCAACCCCGCCAAAUGCGACUGAUAUUGUGAAACUCACAAGACCUGCAACAGUUACAAAUAUCACGGUUCGUGUUGUUGGUCAUGAACCGGCUUGCUUCCGUUUAAAACUGUCCGGGCUCCUGUUCGGUUCUGCUGGCUGGUCAAAAGUCCGUUGCACUACAAGUACCCCACGGUUGCUGGCAACUGCAGAUAAAGCCAAACAUGUACAUACAACGUCAAGUUACUUAACUAAAGCAGUAAUAGGCAUAGUAGGUGGAGUUGUAUUUCUAGCUCUUGCAAUCGUAUGCGUGAAGCUGUCACGGGCAUUCUUAACGUUCAUUAAGGCGAAAAAACACAGGGACUUACCGCCUUCUCUGGUAAUUGUGAUGAAACAAAGCGAAAAUGAUUACGAGGUCGAUUCUUAUAUCGACACCGAAAUUGUGACGUCACUUGGUAUUACCCCUCUGAUGACGCAAGCUAAAAGUUGUACGUCAUCAAAGAGCAACAUUUCCGUCUCUUUUGUUGAGGUUGUGUCCACGGCAGGACUUGAAACCCGUUCCCAGGUUAUGCAAACAUGUAAUAACAAAGACAAUGAAUAUGUUUUGUAUAUUGCCGAUGUUGAGCGAAGAUCGAACGAAACAGACGAUUCUGGCGGGGAUUCAACGAUCGAAACUCGGUCGCUGCCAGAUACAGACGCGUGCUGCGACGCACCCCCGGUUGACAUUCUUCCUCAGAAUUCGAGUGAUCACAGUUUAUAUUUUGCAUAAGAUUUCCAGUCUAAGUUUUAGUCAAAGUUUCGGUCUGUGAAAUUUAUUUUCGUUAAGUUAGUUACUGAAUAUUGGCAAAACUUAAUACUGUUGUUUUUGUGCUUGCGAAACCGUUGCCGUUCUGUGUACCAUUCUAUUAUAUGCGAGUGAUGUUGGUUGGUGGUAGUAAUAACAUAAACCUACAAUCUAUAGUGCAUGGACUACUUCUGAAGUAUAAGAAUUGAUGCCUAUACCUGUACAAGAAAAUGAAAAACACAU